UCGUGUCGCGGCAAGAAGGCUUCAUCCUCACCGAUAGUGCUCACUUUGCCACUCCCACCAGCAUGACCAUCUCGCGUAGCGUAUACAAUCAGCUCUUCGAGCAGGCACCCGAUGCCGCGGGCGGCGCAACCAAGGAGAAAGUGAUCCGCUUGCGCCCCACAGAGGCCAAGGCAGGCGCCGUGGUCAUGUCGGCUAAGAACAAGAUCCAAAUGUGGACCAAAGAGGAACACGAGCGCUUCCUCGCGGCGCUCGAGAAGUUUCCAGCUGGCCCCUGGAAGAAAGUGGCCGACUUUAUUGGCUCUAAAACACCGCGCCAGACCAUGACCCAUGCGCAGAAAUAUCGCCAGAAAAUUCACCGCCGCCAGCGCGGUCUGCGCAACCAGAAGAAGAGCAACACCAAUGCGAAUCUUGCGACGACCACAACCGGUACUGGCCCUACACCUGUGGACAUUAAGGCCGACCCCAAGGGCGAGCCUAAGACCAUCGUUUCACCCUACGGCGUCGCCGACUUGCAGCUCAAGGCUGGCUCGGAGGCCGUGGCGGCGGCUGCGGCUGCGGCCGGCGUCACCAAUGACCAGCUACUGAAUAUUUUGGCGCAACAGGCCACGACGAUUAAUCAGGACAAACCGGAGCCCAUGGAAGUGGACUCGGCUGUGACGGUGGAAACCACAGCGUCGGCAGAAAUUGUUGCAGCGGUGGCCAACGAGGGAUCACCGGUGGGCAACAACAAUUUGCCGUCACUGGCCGAGAUUUUGCACCUUGGAGGCGCUGAAGGGCAGACUUUGGUACCCGCACAGGGCGAAAGGACCGAGGGAGAGAAGAAGGAGUCGAAAACGGAGACAAAGAACGAGGAGGAUACAGAGGCCGAGGAGGGCUGCAAAUGCAACUGCAGCUGCAACGCACAUGGUGGCAACAAGUCCGAAGAGGUGGAAGAGACUACAGCGCAGCCUCGACCGGAUGAGAGCAAGUAA